AAGUUGGUUGACCGAAUCCGAGAUGUAUCCCGCACUCAAUCUCGUGUCGAGACGGGUUCAGCUUCAAAAGUGAAGAGAAGAGUCCGCGCAACUUAGGCUGUAACCUUUACUGGUUUGAGAAAAAAAUAUUACUUUCAAUUUAUUGGUGCCCGUUUGGCCGUGAAAAUUGUGAAAUUUGAAAAAAGUAGUUUUUGUUUUCAAAGUGAAAAAUGGUAUUUGGAAAUUGGAGUUGUGUUUGGCCAUGAACACAAAUUGGAGUUUAUUUUGAAUUUUGUGAGUGAUUUGGAGUAAAAACAACUUUUUGGUGUUUUUCAAUUUCCGGAAUUCAACUUCAAGUCGAAUUCCGGAAUUUUGUGGCCAAACAUGAUCUCCGGAAUUCAACUCCGGAAAAAAAGUAAGAAGUAUUCAUGGCCGAACGUCCAUUUAGUUUUCUUGUUUAUUUUAUCCGAGUUGAAAGAUUUUUUCAAAUGGAACUUUCGGUGUUCUGUUAUUGUUGAAGAUUGUAUGUGAUGUUGAUGUUGAUUUCAAGACCAUAUCCAAUGAGAAAUAUGUCUCUUUUUGAAUUUGAUAUAUGAAAUUUGAAAAUGAUAUCAGUAAAGCUGGAUGAACUUUUUGUAGUCUUAAGAAAAAGCUGUUCAAUUUAGUUUUGCUCAGUAUCAAGUCAUCAGCUUAAGUGCUCUCAGUAUGGCUUGUGAAGAUUGCUUUGUUGUUUGCUUAAAUACUAGGAGUAAUUCCAUUCAUCUGUUACUUCUUGGUUACAUCCAUCUGUUUUUUGUACAAAUUUAUCAAGAGCUUACGUGAAAGUGCAUUUUGGAACUUUAAAUGCCUGAAGAAUGUUUCUUUUUUCCUUAUGCAUUUGGUGUUUGGAAUGACAGUUCGAAGCUGCUUUUGGGAAGCACAAGGAAUCAUAGAAUGAGCACCCAAGACAGAAGGGCACAUCCGAUUAGGUACACGAGGAACCACUCAAGAAGGAAGACGGUACUGGAUGUAGAUCUGAACGUUCCACCCCCGUCUGAUAAUCAGGAUCAGGAAGGAACUUCAAGUCGUGUUGUUCCUGGAAAUGUGCCAACUGCACAAAGGGGUGCUUCUUCGACACCUGCUCCAAUUGAUGUUGAGGCACUUGAUGAUGACGUGAUAAUAAUAUCUUCGCCAAGGGCACUUGCGGAAGCAAAACACCGCUCCAUGAGGACCCGUGAACAGGUUAUCCUCGUUGAUGAGGAUUCUGAGGAUCGUUUGCCUAAGUCUAACAGUCGCAGCAAGCGCCGAAGAAUCUCGCCCAAUCAGUCAACAUUGAUUGGCGACAUUUACAUCAAUCUAGAAGCAAAUAGCAGCUUAAAGGCAGUCGAUGCACCGAUUGCAAUACCUCCAAAGCCAAAAGAACCCACAUUUAGCUGUCCAGUAUGCAUGGGAACAUUAGUUGAGGAGAUGUCAACAAAAUGUGGUCACAUCUUCUGCAAGGCUUGCAUCAAGGCUUCCGUUGCUGCUCAGGGGAAAUGUCCUACUUGUAGGAGGAAAAUUACCAUGAAAGACACCAUAAGGGUGUAUCUUCCUACUACAACUUGAGAUAAAGGGGUUGGCCACCAUUUUAUAUGGCCUAUGGAUGAAGUGCUUGUAGAGGCAGCUUGUUGUUAAGCUAUCUGGGUUGAGGAAAUAUUGGAGGCUUCAGGAGGGGCAUUGUGUGAAAUAUGAUUUUAGUUAUUGUUACUGGAAACUUUGGCUGUAGCUAAUGCCGUGCUUUUUUCUUUGCUUUCAAAAGACUAGCUAGGGGAAAAAAUGAAGUUCGUGAACUUCUGUUUAUUGCGUUCUAGUUCUUGUUUAGUCGGACAUUUUCAGUUCCGGACUCUUAUUGUUAAAUCCUAGUGAAACAAACUGUGGUAGGGAAAAACCGAAAAAAGAUAGUUGUGUUGAACUCUUCAUAUUCGAGGGGAAA